CCCUCCCCCCACCCGCACCGCUGCCGCCGCCCCCGUACCUUCGUCGCCGCCGACGCCUCGACCCCGUCCCAGCCCGCGCUCCGACCACACGGACCCCCGCGCCCCUCCGCCUCUCACCCGCGUCGCCGCCGUCGCCGUCUCCCGCUCUCCCUCGCCGGAACAUCACGUUCCCUGCUGCCGCGACUCCGCCCCGCCACUCUCGCCGGCCGUCGGGCUCCGAGGGACUUGCUUACAGCACGAGCAAUGACUGCUCCAAGAGAACGUGCAAGGUUGGAGUACCUUAAUUCGCAGGAGCCAGGAGAUGCAUCACAGGCCAGUGCUUUUGAUAUUGUGGAUAGGCUGCUAGUAGAAGAUGACAUGGAAGCCUCUCAGACAAUAACCGUUGAGCAGAUAAGUGCGACAAAGUCACCUCCCACUUUAGGCUCAAAAGUAGCUCAGUUCUUGGCUAAAAGGGUUGACCAGAGUUACCCACUUGAGAAGGCAGCUGUUUUUGACUGGUUGGAUACUCCCAACCUCGAUGAUUGCAUAAGUGGGAACGUUUCCAGGGAAAAUCCAAGAGUUCAUGUCAAAAAUCGACUGAACUCCCAGGGAUGUGGUGGCUAUGGAUCAGGUACCAGGGCUGGGGCCAUGCUAGAAUGUAUUGAUGAGGACUUGGGCAUGAACUAUCUGAAGAAACCAGAACCAGUUGGUGCUACUGAAGAUUCAUAUGCAGCACAUGAUAUUGGGCCAAACACUCAAAUGGCAGCUGAAGCGAUGGAAGCACUGUUCAAUGGACCAACUGUCAGUUCUGAUGUCGGGGAGCAUGAACACCUGGAAAACACUUUGGGAAAAGAAAAUAAAGUGGAUACAAUUUGCUCAGUAAACUUGCUAGUUCAAGAGCAAAAGCUAGCCUGCUUACCUCAGAGCUCAGGGGGAAUGACAUCGCAACUUAAGCAACUCAAGGUAGACCACAUAGAAAGACCAAGGGGUGAAAGUUCAAUCCCUUUGAUGAAUUGUCCCAGUAAGUCAAAAACAAGGAGGAAUGCAAAACAGAUGACCGGGAAAGCAAAAAGAAGCAUGGAGAGUCGGGUUUCAAGAGGAGCCAUAAAUGAUGAGGUGUCAGACGUAAUCAUGGGAUCUGGUGCAGAGGGCUCAAAUAGUCCCUGUUUAUUAGGUAAAAAUGCUGUAAUCCACCCUAAAAGAAAGAGAACAUAUACAUUUACCUCAGGAAGCUCAAAAGUUGGGUUCAAGAAAGCUACCAGAUCAAAUGCAGACAGAGCUGAAACUACAGAAGUAACAGAGUUACCAAGAGCAAAACCAGCAAGCAUAUUUGAUCCUGAUACCAUAAAAGGCAUGGAAUUGACCCACAAGUCUUCUUCAGGUAAUCUUAAAGCAUCAGCUACAACAACUCGGAGCAAGGUGAAAGGAGUUCAGAAAGAAGCUUCGGAUACCAAUCAGCUUGAAAGAACACUAAGCGCUGAACUGAAAAAACAAUCAACAUCUGAACAGAAAGUCAGUGACUCUUGUUUGGCGAAUAGAGUACCACUGAGAGAGUUAAGAAGCACAGAGCCCCAAUCUAAGGCACAUACAUCAAAGAAGCCACUGAAAAGAGGCCUUCUGAAAUCACCAGCUUCCAGAGAGCUUGCUAGUCUUUUUCGGAGUGAAGCAUCUCCGGUUCUGCAAUCAAGCAGGCGAAGAAGGAGAAAUAUGUCCACAGUCCGUGUUCUGUUCAGCCAAAGCAUGGACAGCGAAACCAUCAAAGAUCAAACAAAGAUAUUGAUGCACUUCGGAUUACCAGUGGCAACAACUAUUUCAGAGGCUACACACUUUGUUGCUGAAAAGUUUGCUCGUACAAGGAACAUGCUAGAAGCAAUGGCCAUAGGCAUACCUGUAGUCACACCAUCAUGGCUUGAAUGCUGUGGAGAAGCAAGGUGCUUCAUUGAUGAGAAAAAAUACAUAAUGAGGGAUACAAAGAAGGAAAAGGAGCUACGCUUCAGCAUGCCCGUCUCACUAAGCCAAGCCUGUAAAAAGCCACUGUUAGAGGGUAGAAGAGUACUAAUCACGCGAAAUGCUAAGCCUAGCAAGGAGCUUCUGAAAUGUUUAGUAGUGGCAGCUGGUGGCAAGCUGUUGGAGAGGAUCACAGUGUCUAUGAUGAAGAAUAAGAAUUUGGAAGGAGCCUUUGUAAUCUCUUGUGAACAAGACUGCAACAUCUGUUUACCGUUCAUUAAGAAUGGUAUUUACCAAUACACUGGCGCCACAUGCCUUUUGUUCUUUAAGUUAUUUCUUCUGUGCUUUCUCCAUGUCUCGAAUUUAUGGAUCAAUUCUGUAAUUCUCUCUUGCCACUGUUGCAGGUUUGGGAGUGUUCGACUCGGAGCUUUUGCUGAAUGGUAUUGUGGUCCAGAAGCUAGAGUUUGAAAGGUACCGCCUUUUCCAUGAUAAAAUGUGAAGCUUCUGCGAGGUCCGGGCCACUGACCUGCAAUAUAAUGAACAUUUAACUCCUUAAAUAUGUCCACGCUCUCCUGUAGUUACUGAUGUGAUCCCGUGAACACACUUCUUUUUGCUAGUAGAAGCGAAACUCAACCUGUUCGCACAAUCAUGAGAUGUGCCAUUACUCGAACGGCACGUGUUGUGAAUUCUGCUUGAUGAUGCUUUCCGCAUAGCUUGGAUCGUGUAAGGAUUUAAUUAUGUGGUGAACAUGUUGAUCAUGAAGCAGCAAGGGGUGUUUUUUUCU